AUGGCCAAAGGGACAUUCAACCCCAAAAUAGUACCUAAAUUCUGGGACAGAGAAAACGGACCCCACAGAGUGACAAAAUGCUACCUGAAGGGGGUCAUCUUUAUUGGUACCCGACUGUACCGUUGUAUGGCACUCGGAAUAAUAACAUCCUGCACAGAUCCUACUUGUCUCGAGUACAUAUGUCAGUUGUCUGUGACCAGCUGUCAGUGUGACACUGGAAGCGCGGGUUACAAGCAAGUGGGCGUGUACCGACGAGCCAAGUACACCUUGCUAAAAAUGGCAUCGCCAUUAACCCUGGAGUCAUUUGACUGCGAAGGAGAACCUGGUUCGGUGGGAGUGCGCUGGGAGCGUUGGAAGAGAGCUUUAUUUAUUUAUUUAGACGCGUCAAAUAUAGAGAAGGACGAUAAAAAAAGAGCAAACCUCUUACAUUUUGGCGGCAUUGAACUGCAGGAAAUAUAUUAUAAUAUACCCGAAGCUCAUGUGGAGCCUGCAGAGGGUGUGAACGUAUUCUCUGUAGCCAUAAAAAAACUAGAUGAAUACUUUGCUCCUAAGCAGAGCAACAUCUAUGAACGACACAUGUUUAGGCUCCUGAAACAAGAAAAAGAUGAGAAGUUUGAGAAGUUUGUUGUACGACUUCGACAACAGGCUGACAAAUGUCAGUUUACAGCAAAGGAUGAAAAUAUAAUUGACCAAAUCACAGAAAAAUGCCUUUCAAGUGAACUCAGGAAGAAAAUUCUACAAAUAGGAGAUGGAAUUACUCUGGAUAGAAUUAUAUCAGAAGCAAAUUUGUUGGAAGUAGUUAACAAACAAUUAGAAAAAUUUGGUUGCACUGCGUCAUCUGAAAGUAUUAAUAAAAUUGAAUCAAAGCCAAAAUCUAAGUUCGAAGUAAGUGAAAAAGAAGAAAUAGGUUGCGGACGUUGUGGCAAUCGUAGACACUCAUCGAAUGACCCUAACUGCCCUGCCAAACGGAGAGAGUGCCUUAAAUGCGGACUCCUGGGGCACUUCCGGCAAUUUUGUAAGACAAGAAACAUAACAAAAAGAAAAUGGGAAGGGAAAAAUACAAGAGAAUAUGAUAAAAGGAAGAAAAUUACAUUACAAACAUGGGCGGGGUUGAAACAAAAAAUGUUGGUUGACUCAGGAUGUAAGCAAAAUUUAAUUACUGAAGAAACAUGGAACAAGUUGAAAAUGCAUAAUGUUCAAGUAUUCAACCAAAUAAAAAACCCAAACAUUAAUUUCAUGUCAUAUGGCAGUGACAAACCAUUAGAAGUUAAAGGUUCUUUCGAAGCAACCAUAAAAGUAGGAAACAAUUCCGAGAAUGCUACAUUCUAUGUAAUUAUCAAGGGGACAAAAAAUCUACUGGGGAAGACAACCGCAGUAGCAUUGGGAAUACUACGUAUUGGACUGGACAGUGUCGUUGGUAGUGUUGAUACUGAAGUUUUUCCAAAAUUCAAAGAUGUCUUAGUUGACCUACCCAUUGAUGAUUCUGUAUCUCCGGUAUCUCAACCAUACAGGCGAAUACCUAUUCCACUUGAAGGGAAAAUCGAGGCAAAGAUCCAGGAUCUAGUCAACAGGGACAUCAUUGAGGAAGUUAAAGGCUCCUCAAGAUGGGUAUCACCAAUAGUUCCUAUCCUUAAAGACGAUGGAGAAGUGCGUCUUUGCAUCGAUAUGAGGCGUGCUAAUGCAGCAAUUGUUCGUGAAAAUCAUUCCUUACCCACCAUGGAUGUGAUGGAGAAAGUAAAUUUUCUUGGACACGAACUUUCUGGAGAAGGCAUACGACCACUUGAGAAAUAUGUCUCGACGAUUCAAGAAUUCAGGGCACCAUCAACUACAGGAGAACUGCAGAGUUUCUUGGGCCUCGUGAACUUUGUGAGUAAAUGGAUACCGGACUUGGCUACACGGACAGAAUCACUUAAAGAACUAUUAAGAAGUAAAAAGGAACACAGACCAAGUUCAGAAAUAAUAGAGGUAAAAGACAGGGAUAAAGAAAUGAAAGAAAAAGGAAAGGAAUAUGCAGAUAGAAAACGUAAAGCUAAAGACUGUGAGUUAGAACUGGGUGACAAAGUAUACAUUAAGAAUAUGUCCAAAGAUAAUAAAUUGAGUUUAAAUUAUGAUGCAACUCCUCACACGGUUGAAAAGACUAUCGGAGGAGACAUUGAAGUUCGAAAUGAUGAAACCGGCCAGACAUUAAGAAGAAAUGUAGUACAUCUUAAAAAGAUUCAAGGAAACUGGGAAGUGGUAAAUAGAAGUGAAAACGAGCAAUUGCAGAUCAAUGGAAAUACGGAAGAUGGUGCUACCAUGGAAGAGGAUUAA